GUCGUCGGCGUCGACGGCGGCACCACCGGCAUCCGCGCCGGUGUCUUCACCCUCACCGGCGUCCCGCUCGCGUUCGCCGACGUCCCGUACGCCACCUCGCACCCCGCGCCCGGUCGCGCCGAGCAAGUCCCCGCGUCGUGGCUCGACGGGCUCGCGACCGCCAUCGCCGAGGCGCGGCGCCUGUGCGGCGUCGACGCGCGCGACGUCGCGGCCGUGUGCGUCGACACGACGUGCUGCUCGGUCGUCGCGCUCGACGCGCGCGGCGACGCGAUCGGGAACAGCGUGCUGUGGAUGGACGUCCGCGCGAGCGACGAGGCGACGGCGUGCGUCGAGACGGAAGACGACGCGCUUCGCGUCAACUGCGCGGGCGCGGGACCGGUGAGCGCGGAGUGGAUGGUGCCCAAGGCGCUGUGGCUGAAGCGAAACGACCGGGAGCGGUACGACAGAGCGACGAUGAUUUGCGAGUAUCAGGAUUACGUAAACCUGUGGCUCACGGGACGGUACUGCGGGUCGAUGAACAACGUCGGCGUGCGGUGGCACUUCGACGGCGACGGGAGACCGCCGAUGACGAUGUUAGAAAAGCUUGGGUGCGCGGAGUUGGUGGAAAAGUGGCCGAAGGAGAUAUUACCGAUGGGCGCGGCGGUGGGCGGGAUGACGGCACGAGCGGCGGCGGCGUGCGGGUUGCUCGAGGGCACGAAGGUGAUUCAGGGAGGCGCGGACGCGUUCGUGGGAAUGGUCGGGCUGGGAGUCAUCGAACCGGGGCAGUUAGCGCUGAUCACGGGCUCGUCGCACCUGCACUUGGGCGUCGCGGAGGAGGAAUUUCACGCGAAGGGUAUCUUCGGGACGUAUAGAAACGCGCUCGUGGAGAGCGCGCCGUUCGUCGUCGAGGGUGGUCAGACGAGCACGGGGUCCGUGGUGAAUUGGUUUAAGAAUUUAUGCGGCGGCGGCGAUUCGUUUUACGACGACAUGAACCGCGAAGCGAGCGCGAUCCCGCCUGGAUGCGAAGGCGUCGUCGCGCUCGACCACUUUCAAGGCAACCGAACCCCGCACGUGGACGCACUCAGCCGCGGAGUGAUCUCCGGUCUCACGCUCAAGCACUCGAAAGCGCACGUGUUCCGUGCGAUUUUGGAGGGCGUGUGUUGCGGUACGCGAUUGAUUUUUGAAACCAUGACCCGCGGAGGGUACGAACCGAAGGAAGUCGUCAUCGCCGGCGGGGCGACGCGAAGCGAACUUUGGUUACAGAUUCACGCCGACGUCACGGGAGUGCCGCAUGUCGUCACCGAGUGUUCGGACGCCCCCGCGCUCGGUUGCGCAAUACUCGCCGCCUUCGGCGCGGGGUUGUUUGGAAGCGUGCGCGAAGCCGUCGCGGCGAUGGUUCGCAAAUCGCGCGUCAUCAGUCCGAACCCAGAGGCACACGCAGCGUAUGCCGACGUGUACGCCGCGUAC